CACGGUUUCCAGGAACACCGUGACGUCGUAAACGCGGGGACCGCCUAUUAUACGAAUAGAAUCGAUGCCCCAAAAUCGUGACAAUGGACUUAGCGAUGGAAUCGCUAACUCGGGGGCUUGCCCCCUCAUAGACGAGUCAGAAUCUUUAUAUGUUUAUAUCCCGGAGGAAUCCGAUGAACUACGAAGCUCUUGUUUUUGUAGAAGACGUCCAACCGGGCGAAACUCGCGAUGUGAACCAGAUGCGAGGCCACGCCGCCAUCUUGCUAGGGGGCUGUGACGUCACCGCCUCCCUCCUCCCCGAGCAAGAUGGCGGCGCCAAAGCUGGCGCGCCGUGACGUCACGGCCUGCCUAGGUCGCCUGGGCCGCGUUGCGCCCACGGAGGCAGCGGCGGCGGCGGCAGGAGCGGCUGUUUCGAAGGCGACAGUGGAGAGACCCCCCCGCGCGCCGGGCGCCGAGAGACAAUUGCCGAGGGCGACAUGAUGAGGCCCGAUCGCGCCGCUCGUUGCCAGCUCUUGACUAGACAUCGGACGCCUUGAGGCGGGACGCCGCGACGCGGGGAGCGGCGGGCGCUCUGCUGCCGGCAGGAAUCCCAUCGCGAUCCGAGUAUGGCCACCAAGAAGAAGCCGCGCACUCGAUACCGACAGCCCGUGUACUGGUCGGCCGACGAGUCGAGAGCCAUCAUCGCGAUCAUCUCCGACCUCGGCUUCGUGGCGGAACUGGACAAGAAGAGGCAGCGAAACUUCGCCAUCUUCGAGCAGGUGCGGCAGCUGCUGUCGGCGCGCGGUAUCUACCGCACCAUCCCACAGGUGCGCGAGAAGUGGAAGAAGCUCAAGGAGAAGUUCCUGGCGGCCAAGGCGAGGGCGUUGGGGAGCCCUGAGGGGCUGCCCACGUUCCCCUACAUGGCCGAGAUGGAGGAGCUGCUGGGCUCACGGAGGGGGCCCUCCGACCCGCGUCCCCACGAGCUGCUGCGUCCCUUCUCUCCAUUGUCGGCGCGCGGGGACCACAGCUUCCACGACGGCGCCGAUUUCGGGGUGGCUCCGGGCCCGUCGGGGUCACAGUUGGACUGCUCGACGCGCUCGGCCCAGCACCAAGAGUCGUCCUACAUCGAGACGGAUGAGGAGGAGUCCGAGGAUGAUUCUGAGGUAGAUGACUUUGAGGAGGAGGAGGAAGAGGAGGAGGAGGAGGAAGAGGAGGAGGAAGAGGAGGAGGGCUACUCAGAGCUGGAGGAUGAUGGUCAGCCCGCGGUGAACACGGUGGAUCCGGAGUGGGCCGACGUGGCCCCUGCGAACGACGGCGGUGGUGGCGGCGGAGGUGGCGGCAGCUGGGAUGCGCGGCCACCAUCGCCCUCCUCCUCUCCCUCCUCCUCGUUGCUGCUGCACCACUCGCGCAAGUCGACAGAGGGAGGCGGUGCUCAUCGGUUCCGAGACCGGCUCCCCCACCCACCACGGGGUCAGUUCCCGCAGGUGCGCUGGGAGGAUCUCUCCGCCGAUGGCCGCAUGAUCCUGCUUUGUCACCAGGAGACGAUGCGCUUCCUGCGGAGGGAGGCGCGGCGGAACGAGCGCGAGCGCCAACGGAGCCAGCGCCGUCGCACGCGCGUGGCUCAGCAGGUGGUGGACGCGUUUGCCAACGCCCUCUCCUCGCUCGCUUCCUCGCUGCUCGACCCAGCCAAGAGGGACCCGGACUCCGUGGAGUCGCACGCUCCGCCUGACCGGCCCUCCAACGGCAUCGUCCGGUAGCCAUCACCAGGACCCAAGCCUCAGUCCUCCCUGCCAAGUGAAUGAUUGCCAGGGCCGGAUUGCGAGCCGGAGGAUUGCGAGUAGUCCCCUCGGAUUCGCUUAGACUCGUCGUGGACUGCUGCAGGGCCGAGCUAGGGCAAGGCUUUGCGUGCAGUCCAUGUGCCUGGGACACGCCUGACGGUCCCUGUGACUUGGACGCGCCUGACGCUCCCGUCCCGUGGGCUGUUACCCAAUUUGACGAUUCCACUCCGUUUCGGCACACACCCUUGUUGGAGUGGUCAUGGUGCCCUCCCUACUUUCAGGUGCGUGAGCGCUAUCUGGAUGUGCUUCUGCGGCCGUCUUGAACGCCUCUUCCUUCCGACAUGAGGAAGCCACUGGAGCUAUGCACUUUUAAAUCAUCUAGAUUGACAAAUUAAUUUCUUUUAGAACUAGAUUUUUGUGUUUAGUAUGUUGUCCUUUCCCCCGCACCUCCGGUUGGCUACGUACGGUGCAAAAUAACUUGAACAUACAACGUACAUACAACAUACAUACAUGCGAGCCACCGUUUAAACUCACGUCACGUCGGCACACGCCACGGUUAGACGCGUGUUUUCCCUUCACGCGAGUCAGCUGCUGCAGAGACACGGGGAGGAGCAUGGCAAAAAUACUCGGCGCUCGCAGGUCACCAGCCAUGCAGGAGAUGGCUUGUCAGACCCCAGUAGAAUUGCAUCAGUCAUUUACUUCUACAUAUCAGCAUAAACCAUAUCCCAUCCCGAUGACGUACGUGACGAAUGUGUACCAUCAUCAGUUUUUCUUGUGAUUCCGUUCCAACGAUGUACGCAUACGUAAGUGUACAUUUUCAGAACGGGACCGAGAGAAAAACUAAAAUAUAGUAACUUUAUCGGCAGCGAGGUUCCCACAAGGCCACGGUGGGAGGGGUGCGUGGCACAGUUUGGCCCCAACUAUCGUAGAGUGCGGCAGUCGUAUCGCUAUGGUUCUCUGCAGUGAGUAACAACGUCUUUACAAAUCAACAGUGUUACUACAACUCUCUAAAUAAAAUUAACGCUGAAUCACUCGCGCGUUCCGACAUUCAAUGGUGAACGGAACCCCACCCACCCUGCAAGUUUGCAGUGCAUCUCGGAACAGGAAAGGGUUAAGAGAGAAACUUUGCUCUGUUCGGAACUGAAUUGUUCCAGUAUUACUUUUUUAUAUUGUAAAUGACAAGACGUUAUUACAGAUAAAGUAUUUGUAUAUCUGUAGAGUAGGUUGACUUGGUGAUAAAGGGUGUGAUGGCAAGGCCAACAUUAAUCGUUCGCAGCCAGCAUAGAAAGAAAUGAAGGACAAAGCACAUACAUUACAUUUCAGGAAUGGAAUCCUUGUAAUUUUUAGGUCUUUGAUUUUUUAUUGAUUACAAUUGUUUAUUUAUUUCGUAAUAUUUUUUUUGCUAUUUUCAUGCCUUUGUUAUUUUUUCAGAAUCAUAUUUUUCUCUUUUUGUACUUACAUUUUUCACGAGUUAUAUUUAUUAGUUUUCAAUCGAGAGAGACAUGAUGUAGAAACAUUUCGUUUUUUGGUCGAGCCAUUUUUAAACACCUACAUACCCAUUUAAAACGUGUCUGAAAAUGUAAAGAUUAAAAGCGUAAAGAUUUGGUAAUACCCCGA